AUGGCUGAGAUGGAAGAAGACAACGCACUCUCUGACGACCUAUCUUUAGGAAGCAACGGUUCAGCUUCGUGGCUGUACUUUGUACGCGAUUCGCUCAAGCCGUUGCAAACAGCGGUUACCUCUGAAGAAGCUAACUUGUCAUACGAUGGCGUGGACAGCAACAUAUCGGUCUCGGACUACCCUCCUAUGAAUGCUUUGGGCUUCGAGCUUCAGGCGUUCCUCAUCGUGCUGUACAGCUUCACCGCGCUGCUGGCGCUCGGUGGCAACGUGAUGGUCAUCGUGGUGCUCGUGCUAGGCCGACGGUCGUCGCGCGAACUCCGACUGUUCUUGGUGAACCUGGCGCUGUCAGACAUUGCCAUGGCCGUGUUCUCCAUCCCGUUCACCUACACCGACUUCAUGCUGGGCCGCUGGAUCUUCGAGCCGCUCUUCUGCCCCGUCGUGCUGUUCAUGCAGCACGUGUCGGUCAUCGUCUCCGUCUACACGCUUACCGCCAUCGGCGUCGACCGGUCGUUCGAGCACAACCCAUCACCUCCAGCUGAGCGCUUCCAGGCGAGGAGGCGACGCCAGAGGGCAAGUCAACCCUCGGACAAUGGAACCCUUGGAGCAUCCCCAUUGGCUGAAUGUGAUGGCACUUGCACGGGUACCUGCCAUUGGAAGAAAAUGACGACCCCUGAGCUGGCUCGACGAUUGGCCGAAAAUGACGACAAUGACAUUCACAGUUUGGCUGGAGGCUUGUAUCAGCAGCAGUCAUGCCUUGAACCGCCAAAUGGACACAGUAGCCUGGAGCUGGUACGUUCACCGUUUGCUGGAGCUCGAUUCAUAUUCUCUCUCAUUUGCGACUUUCAGGUUGAAUGCAAUCUUGAAGAGGAGCACAUUGAGGCAUUAGACCUUACAGUGCAAAAGGUGUGCCAGAAAGAAGAAUCAGCCACACCAUGCUUCAUAACACCAGCAGGAAAUUUGCCAUGCCUAUCGCACCGUGCUGCAGGACCAGACUCUAGGGUUUGCUUUUUUGGGGGAUUCGACACAGUUUCCUUAACACCCGGUGCAGUGAGAGAUCUCUGUGGCGUUUCAGACAAUGUUUUCUCGCUCCUGUUAAGUCUCCUGCCUCACACGAGAGAUAAGGGUACUGAUGUCAGCCUUCCGAACAAACUUUUAAUAUUUCUAUUCAAAAUGAAGCACGGAGUGCCUUUUAGUGCAAUUGCAGUAAUUUUUGGCAUUCAUGAAACAACAGCAGCACGAACGUUUCAUGCAGUUCUGGGCACGCUUGCGGGUGCUACAAGAAAGUGGAUAUAUAAGCCACAUAUGCAAGUGAUACGGGAUACACGUCCAGAGUGUUUUAAGGUCAACUAUCCUGACUGCACACUCAUUGUCGAUUGCACUGAAGUGCGCACAGAAACACCAUCAGAGGUGAGGCAACAACAUGUCCUCUACUCCACGUACAAAAGUGGCUUUACAUUGAAAUUUUUAGUUGCGAUUGCCCCCUCUGGCCUCAUUGUAUUCAAGUCCAAAUCCUAUGGUGGGCGUUGCUCAGACACACAAAUCGUGCUGGAAUCAGGAUUCCUUGAAAUAAUUGGUCAGCAUGAUGUUAUUCUUGCUGAUAAGGGUUUUCCUGGAAUACUAGCAGGUGUAGCAGGUAAAAGUGCCGUACUGAUUAUGCCACCAUUCUCAACUGGCAACCAGCCUUUCUCACCUGCAGAACUGCAAGAAACAUACAAUGUUGCUCAAGUGCGCGUGCAUGUAGAGAGAGUGAUACAGCGCAUAAAAACUCAUGGAAUUUUGGAGCACCGUAUUCCUGUCAGUUUGAUUCCUGCCAUGAGUGAAAUUUUUCAUAUGUGCUGCAUUUUGGCAAAUCUGCAAAGUCCAAUAAUUCAAAGCAACACAAAGUAAGGUGCUUUAUUUUCACUGUGAUACACAAGCACAGAGUAUCAAACAUAUUUUUGGCAUAAGCACUGCUACCACCUUUUACAAAAUUGUAAUAUUUAAAGGCCAACUUCCCCACAGAGAUUUUGAA